CAAUACCUAUCUGCAGAUAGCGGAAUAAACAAAAAGAUAUUUUUAGAAUUAAUAGUAUUUAAAUACCAUUAAUGCUUUUAAAUUUGUUAAUUAAACAUCAGUAAAAUCUGUAUACGUAACAUACGAAAGUUAUAAAACGGUUAAAAACAUGGCAGAUGACGAAGUCCCGUCGGACUUCAGUCUGUUAGUGAUAGUAGUGGACACGAAUCCGAAUCAGCGGUAUAUAACAGAGGAACCCAAAGUUCUGACCGGAUGCUUGGACGCUGUGAUUGCGUUCGCCAACUCACAUUUAAUGCAGAAAGCGAGGAACCAGUUAGCUGUUAUAGGAUGCCAUUUCCAUAAAAGUGAAUAUCUAUAUCCAUCCCCUGGUAAGCCACUGGAUGUGCGACAGAUAGACGGCCAAUAUGAACUGUUUACGCUAGUUGAGAAAACAAUAAAAAUGAGGCUGGUGAACCUAAUAAAGAGCCAGCCACAAGAAGAAAGGCCUGGGGAGUCCCUACUGGCUGGGGCCAUGGCUAUGGGACUGUGUUUUAUUUCCAGGAUGCGUCGGGAGGCGCCGCUGGGUGUGCGCAUGAGCAGCCGGCUGUUGGUGGUGACGGGGAGCUCGGACACCGCCGCGCAGUAUAUCAACUACAUGAACGUGUUCUUCACCGCUCAGAAACAACAAGUACUGAUAGACGUGUGCUCGCUGGACAAACACCUCAGUCUGCUGCAGCAGGGCUGUGACAUCACCGGAGGGCUGUAUCUUAAAGUGCCAUCCCUGGACGGCUUGUUGCAGUAUUUGCUGUGGGUGUUCCUCCCGGAGGCUCACGAGCGGCGGUCCCUGGUGCUGCCCGGGCGCGGCCGCGUCGACUACCGCGCCGCCUGCUUCUGCCACCGCGACCUGCUCACCAUCGGCUACGUGUGCUCCGUCUGUCUGAGCGUGUUCUGCAAAUUCAGUCCUAUCUGCACAACUUGCCAUACUGUGUUCAAAAUCGGCGGACCUCUGCCCAUCAAACCGAAGAAAAAGAAGAUGAAAGUGUGAACCUGUGAUAUAUUCAAUACAUGAAAUAGUGCAAAGUUUGUAAGUAUGUUUAAAUAAAGUUUAGCUAAUAAGAUAGUUAU